UCCGUUCUAAUCAGAGUUCAAUUCUAAGAUAAGAUCUGUCGUUCUCUCUACAUAUCACAUAUCAUCCACUUUUCCUCUUUAAAAUAUAUAUAGAAUAGGGAUAUAAUACUAAUAAAUCAUGUAUGUAAAUCAUUCCUUAUCUUCACAAGACAUUAAUAAUUGAUAUGGAAUUUGUGGUAGCGCCUUCAUAAACACGAAAUUUUUGAUUUUGUGUUAUUAUUUACCAAAUCACCGUUAAAAAAAUUGUAUCAUAAAUUUUAAAGAUAUCAAUUUACAACCAAAACUUAAGGGCAACAUCACUGUUAUUGUUCUUUCAAUCAUAGUUCAUGAUAGAUGACCAUGUCAAGUUUUUCCUUUUCCAAUGAUGAUUCACUGAGUGAUAUGUAUAACUUCCAAUCUCCCAACCAUCUGGUAAAAUCUCCAUCUAGUAUCAGUUACAAAGUCGGUAACGAUAACCAUGCCAAGUCUAACAACAUAAAGGUUGUUUGUCGAUUUAGACCAGAUAACGAAGUAGAGAAUCGUACCAGAACCAAUAAUGAAUGCUGUUUUCGUAUUCCAAAUCCUCAUACUGUCAUUUUUGACGUUAAUGAAGUUUCAAAUCAAUUCACUUACGAUAGAGUGUUUAACGAGGAUGCUAAUCAAACUGACGUAUAUACAUAUUCCAUUUCUCAAACAGUGGACGAUUUCCUCAAUGGUUAUAAUGGUUGUGUUUUAGCUUAUGGACAGACUGGUAGUGGGAAAUCAUACACCAUGUUAGGUAAACACAGUGAAUCCGAAAAAGGUUUAAUUCCAAGAAUUUCUGAAGAUAUAUUCGAUAGGAUUAAUAGUUCUUCAUCUGAUAUGGAAUACGUUGUUAGUGUAUCAUUCUUUGAAAUUCAUAAAGAACAGAUCAAAGACUUGAUAGUGCCCACCACAAAGAAUCCCCAUGAUACAGCCAAAUAUACUAUACAUGAAGAUAAAAUAAGAGGUGUUUAUAUAGAAGGAUUAUCUCAUGCAUUUAUAUCAUCCCAUGAAGAAUUAUAUCACAUAUUAAUCGACGGUUUGAAAUCAAGAUCAACUGUUUCAACAGGCAUGAAUUUAGAAUCAUCGAGAUCUCAUGCUAUAUUUCAAAUUAAGUUAACCCAAACCCAUUCUCAAACUGGGGUAACUAAAAACUCACAAUUAUUCCUUGUUGAUUUAGCAGGAUCAGAAAAAGUGGAUAAAUCAAAUGCAACAGGCCAUACUCUAGAAGAAGCUAAAAAGAUUAAUAGCUCUUUAUCAUCCCUUGGAAAUGUUAUUAAUGCUUUAACUGACCAAAAAUCAACUCAUAUACCAUAUCGUGAUUCAAAGUUAACUCGUAUACUUCAAGAAUCAAUUGGAGGAAACUCAAGAACCACUUUGAUUAUCAACUGUUCAUCAUCCGGGUUAAAUGAACUGGAAACUUUAAAUUCAUUAAGAUUUGGAACGAGGGCUAAAACCAUCAAAAAUUCAGCUCAUAUUAAUACGGAAUUAAGUUCGUCUGCUUUAAGAUAUAAGCUAAGUCAACUAGAACAAAUCAAUGAUCAAAAUCAAAUAUAUAUAAGAGAAUUAGAAAAGGAAUUACAUAAGUAUGAAAAUGGAUCUGUCAUUGAACAUCCCAACACUCCUUCUAAAGAUUUCAAAUCUCGCUUACCGCAACCAAUAGCUUCAUCACCCAAUCGUAAUAAACAUUUGCACGAAGAACUUACCAGGAAAGAUAGAAAGAUUGAAGAACUUGAGAAUGAGAUUUUAAAUAUGAAAAUGGAAAAAUUAAGAACAGCCCAUAAUGAAGAAUCAAAAUUAUUUUCAUUGGAAAAUACUCUUCAUAAAAUAAGUGAUAAAUUGAAUGAUGUAGAGUUAGUUAAUAUCAAUUUGAAGAAACACCUUUUAAUCAGUGAGAAGAUCAUUGAAUCUAGAGAUGCUAAAAUCAAUCAAUUGAAGAGUGUAUUGAAUGAACAACAAAAGAUGAUCUAUAAGGAAGCAUCAGGCUUUAAGAAUAAAUUAGAGGAAUUGAAAUUUACCAUCGAUAAGUUACAUAAUUCAAAAGAAGAACCUCAAGAUAUAAGUUUACAUUCAGUACUUGAAGAAAAAGAGAAUAUAUUCAUUGGUGAAAAGAAUACUUCCAUCAAUUUUCAAAAAGAAUUAUCAAUGGUUAAUGAAAUGUUAGAGGAAACUCGUACGAAAUCAAGCGUGCUUGGUUCAAGUUAUCUUUCACCUGAUAGAUCAAGCGUUAUAGAUAAUUUAAUUGGUAAAGAAUCGCCAAAAUUAGGACUUAAUUUAAAUAUUAUUAAACCAGUUAGAGGUGGUCAUGGUAAAUAGGAUGUAUAGAAAAUAUAC